AUAGUCUGUUAUUAUCGAAAUUUGCUUGCGAAUUAAUCAUUGAUCUAUUUCGAGUGUUUCUGGAACGAUUGGCACUUUUAUAAUAUUUUGUCUUUUCACAAUGCUGAGCGGAAUUUGCUUUAUUUACUUUUACCGUGAAAUCAUAGUUUAUUGGAUCUGACAGAUGUUCAUUCGUAUUAUAUGUACAAUCUUUAGGAAAACUAGAAACAGUAUUUUGACUAUAAUCAGAACUUGAAAGAGUUUCGCGUAUAGAUGAAACUUUUGUGGCAGUUUUAUCAAUUUUUCGGAAAUUAAUUGAGGACGGAACGAAAACUACCACCAAAUUUCUUUCUUUCCAACUGUUAAUGUUAUCGGAGAUGUCCUUUGGAUAGUUGUCUAAUUUGUAUUCAGUUGUUCCUAGAGUUGAUAUUACUGACAAGUAUUUUUCAAUGGUAAUAGAUAAGGUUUCAGCCCUUUCGGCCUCGUUACUAAUUAUAUUUGGUAAGUAGAAUCCUAUAGAUUCUUUAGCAUUGCUUGCAGCUUUCUCCAAAUCGGUAAAUGAUCGGUUAGAAUCUGAAUUCUUUUUAAGGAGGAGUAACAGUUUCUUUGGUGAAAAUGUCGACAAUUCUGCCCCAUGAGUAUUCAGUUUUUGUCUAAAGUUCUUAACACAAGUAUUGUAGUGACCCAAUAAAAGCUUGACUUUUUUUUCCCUAUCGUAUUCGGUUAAAACGAGAUUUUUAAAUUGUUUUGUAUUUGAUGUAGUGGACGAAGAAUUCGAAAGCCAAUUAUAUAGUGUACUUAUUGGUCCAACUCUGUCGUAAAGACCUUCAUACACGCCGUAAUGUUCAUUUGCCAAAGUGUCAGCUUCUUUGCAAAUCGAUGUUAUUAAAUUUAACCAAUAAUGCAUCAUAAAUUGAUGCGGUCUAUCUAAAACCGUCGAUCUUGCCAAUUUUAGCCAUUUAUAUAACUUUCUUGAGUAUUCCAAUUCAAUUUUUGCUCUCUCGUCUAUCAAGUUCAUUACGUUCUUUGUUAAUCCGACACCAUUUUCAACCAGAUUUCUAACAGCCGACACGGACACAUAUUCAAUUUCACCGGAAGUCAAGUUAUCCAUUCUAUUAGGGGCAGUUUUUAAAAUAAUCGUGACGUAUUAAUGAAAUACUAAUUUAUUUUAAGGGAUGAUAUAUCUAUUUAAACUAUAUACUGUAUGAAUUACGGAGGAAGAUAUUAUUCCUUGAUGAAAUUAACUAAUAAUUAGCCUACUCGACACGAGUUAAUAAUCUCCAUUAAGAAGUAAUUUUUUUGCAACAAGAUAGUUAGAUAGAUAGAUAGAGAGCGAGAAAGAGAGAGAGAGAGAGGGUAAGAGAAAUGCGAAUCGGAAAAAGCUUAACUAGGAUAAUGACCUUAGUGAUCAACUUCUUUAAAAGUAAUUAAAUAACACAUUGUUAUAUUGUCCUCUACACAUAAACUUUAAACAAAGCUAUGUUAUUUAGUUUAUAAUAAGGGAGAAUAAGUGUUCAUCCAGGUUAUUUUACUGUCAAAUGUCAUCUGCUCUACAAUGAAAACGAUGUUAGUAAAAUGACUGAUUUUUCUCAUUAUACAUUUGUUUGUCCAAUACAAUUUGUUUAGCUAUAAAGAAUUUAUUCACUCAACUCUAUUCUCUUUGAGAAAAAACAAAAAACCAAAGCAAACCAACAAACAUAAAAGUUAUUAAUUUUAAAAAUUAAGACCCUGCAAUAAACGAACCAUGAAUGAUCGAAAAGGAAUAGCUUUGGAUGGAGGUUACGGUUGGCUUAUUGUUCUCGCCUCUUUUGUUAAUCAAGCUCUUACUGUUGGAAUCACGUAUACUUUUGGAGUUAUUUUAGUGAAAUUGUUAGAUACUUUUAAAUCUGAGGAAAGUACAACAGCUUGGAUAGGCUCAAUUCAAUCUUGCUUGCUAUAUUUAGUGGGAAUUAUUGGAGGUCCAUUAAUUAGGAGAUUUGGAUGGAGAGUUGUUGCUAUUUCGGGUUCCAUUUUAUCGGCGAUUGGAUUUGCUUCAAGUGGGCUAGUGAAUAAUUUAUACUUAUUAUACUUGACUUAUGGGAUAAUAACAGGUAUUGGUAAUGGUCUCGUCUAUUUGACGUCUAUGGUUUGUAUUCAACAUUACUUUGAUAAAAGAAGAGCAUUAGCGACCGGAAUAGUCGUUUCUGGUAGCGGUGUUGGAAUGCUAUUAUUUUCUGUGGCAACACCAGCCCUACUUAAGAAAAUCGAAUGGCGGGCUACGUUUUUUGUCCAGGCUGCGAUUAUGCUUUCUGGCAGUUUUUUCUCCGCUUUAUAUAAGCCAAUCAAAAUGCAAGUAUUAUCCGAGAGAACGCCUUUAAUGGAAUCUUCUUGCGAAGAAACUGAAAAGAAAUCAAAGCAUUCCUCUUUCACCAUUGACUUAUCCCUAUUUCAAGAACCAAUCUUUAUAAUAUUUUGUAUUUCGCUACUCUCUUUCGGAUUCUCUUAUCACGUUCCCUUUACCUAUACUCCUGAUAGGGCAAUUCAUAUAUCUGGCGGUGAAAUUACUUUAUCGGAUGCGUCAAUUUUCGUUUCUAUAAUGGGAAUAUCAAGCGUUAUUGGACGUUUAAUUAUGGGAUCGUUUUCAGAUACAAUACCUAAUAUUAGAUUUUAUAUUUUUGGAUCAGUAUUGAUUUUAGGAGGUAUUUUGAACAUGUCAAUAUCAAUCUUUACCACAUACAUCCGGAUAGUUUUCUAUUCUAUUCUAUUUGGAGUCUUUUCCGGUUUCUUUGCCGCUUUAUUCCCAGUUGUUCUUGUAGAUCUAUUAGGCGUAAAUGAAAUUGAGAAAUCAAUGGGACAAGCACUAGCAGUGACUUCUUUCGGCUUUCUUGUAGCAUCUCCCUUAUCUGGUAAAUUUAAUAAUUUUUUUUUGGCAGAUUUUGUCAUUUUAACUCUUUUCAACUUUAGGUUCAAUUAUUCAGCUUACAAACAGUUUCGACACACCAUUCUGGGUUGUAGGAGGAUGCGAAUUUUUAGGAGGAUUGAUCUUCCUUUCAAUAAGAAUUAUCAUUUGGUCUAGAAAUAGGAAAAAGGUGGAUAAUUAUCAAGAAGUGAAAUGAAUAGUAUGCUGUAUAUAUAGGACUCGAUGUAGAUUUUCUGAUAUUAUAUAAAUCGGUUGAAAUAGAAUACAAACUAUUAAUUUACAAA